UCAUGUGUGUGAGUUUGCGAAUAGUCGCACAUGACGUCAGAUUGAUAGGAAAAAAGCAUUUUAUAAAACUUGGUUAUAAAAUUAUAUAAAUUCUGUUCUCUUGAAAUUCAAACCUGCUUCAAUUACUUGUAACGAUUAUUUCUACAAAGUAAUUAUUAAUAUUUUAUUCAUCUACACUAUUAAGAAUUAGCGUUAAAAUAAUAUGAGUUUCCAGUGGAUGUUAAUCGCAGCUUUUCUGUAUGCUGAGAUUUUUGUAGUACUUCUUCUGGUUUUGCCAGUAGCUUCGCCGCAGAGAUGGCAUCGGUUUUUCAAGUCAAGAUUUUUAAAAAGUUUGGGGAAACAAGCUAGUAUUUAUUUUUUUGUACUACUUGCAACACUCGUUCUGUUUCUGAUUGAUGCAAUCCGUGAGAUCCGAAAAUAUUCCUCUGUGGAUGCAAGUGAACAUACUCAUUUGGAUGCCGAAAUGCAAGGCAACAUGAGAUUAUUUCGUGCCCAAAGAAAUUUCUACAUAUCUGGAUUUGCUCUGUUUUUGAGCCUUGUAAUACGUCGACUUGUUAUAUUAAUCUCUACACUAGCAACGCUGUCAGCUGAAAGUGAAGCAUCUAUGAAGCAAGCUAAAUCUGCUAUGAAUGCUGCUAAAAGUCUUCUUCAGCAAUCAACAAAAACUCCAGAGAAUGAGAAAAAUGAUCAAAUUGAUGUAAAACUAAAACAUCGUGUCGAAGAAUUGGAAGCAGAGAAUGACGAACUAAAAACUAAAUUAGAGAAAGAAACAAAGGACAAAUUAGCAAUGAAGUCCCAAGCAGAAUCAUUAGGAAAAGAAUAUGAUAAAUUAAAUACAGCAUUCUCUGCACUUACAGCUACUAGUGGUGAUAAGAAGAGCGAUUGAAUAUUUUAACGUAUUAAGCGAUUUUUUUAAUACUUAAAGUCAUUCAACGACAAUAGUGUUUGUUUUAUUUUACAUUAAUAUGUUUCAAGUAUUUGUGCAAGUUUUUAAAAGUCUAAUUUCCAUUAGAAUGAAUAAAAUCAAUUUAGGAGGUUGAAACAAAUUUAACAUUUAAUCCUUUUAUA